CAACUUCUUCUUUUUCAUGCUGUAGCCAUUAAAGCUUCCACCUAUCUCCACACGAGAACUCGUUUGCUUCUCACGGAAAAGCAAUACCCAAAAGUCUCUACUUUUUUCCCCUUAUAUAAACCCCCAUUUUAAUUUUACUCUCUCUUCACCUCUGCAACAAUUAAUUAAUCAUGAGGUUUUUGUUGUUGAUGUUUCUGUUUCAUGUUAUUGUUAUUCAACAAUGUGGUGCAAUGCUUCACCCCAUUGAUUUCUUGGCUUUACAAGCGAUUCGUAAAACCCUCAAUGAUUUACCCGGUUCGAAUUUUUUCUCUUCUUGGGAUUUUACUUCCGACCCAUGUAGCUUCGCCGGAGUUUAUUGUGCUGGUGAUAAAGUGAUCGCAUUGAAUCUGGGUGACCCGAGAGCCGGGUCGCCGGGUCUAACCGGAAGAUUAAACCCGGCUAUUGGGAAACUCUCUGCUUUAGCUGAGUUCACUGUCGUCCCCGGUAAGGUAUUCGGAGUAUUGCCGGAAAGUUUUUCACAGUUGAACAACUUAAGAUUUCUCGGAGUUAGUCGAAAUUUUCUAUCUGGACGGAUUCCGGCGGGUUUAGGUAAACUCCGGCGACUUCAAACUCUUGAUCUUAGUUUCAAUCAACUCACCGGAAACAUUCCAUGGGCCAUCGGAACCCUCCCGGCGCUCAACAAUGUCAUUCUCUGCCACAACCAUUUAUCCGGUUCAGUACCGCCUUUCGUAUCCCUUAGAUUAACCCGGCUCGAUAUCAAACACAAUGCUCUUUCCGGUUCGCUAUUGCCAAUGUCACUUCCUUCUUCACUUCAAUACCUCUCAAUGUCAUCGAACCAGUUAACCGGUCCGGUCGACCAUUUACUUACUCGGUUAAACCGGUUAAACUAUCUCGACCUUAGUAUAAACCGGUUCACCGGUUGUAUCCCGGGGAACUUAUUUAGAUUUCCGAUAGCAAAUCUUCAGCUACAAAGAAACCAAUUCACCGGUCGAAUUUACCCGGCCGGUUUAGUAACAAUUCCGGUUGUGGACCUUAGCUUCAACCGGUUUUACGGCGAAAUAUCGCCAUUGUUCUCCGGUGUACAGAUUUUAUAUAUGAAUAACAACCGGUUCAUGGGUCAGGUUCCGGGGAUCAUGGUAGACCGGUUGUUAUCAGCUAAUAUACAUGUUUUGUAUUUGCAACAUAAUUUUCUAACCGGAAUAGCUAUCAAUCCGGCCGCAGAAAUUCCGGUUCGGAGUUCAUUGUGUUUGCAGUAUAAUUGCAUGGUUUUGCCGGUUCAGACCCCUUGCCCAUUGAAAGCCGGGAAGCAGAAGUCCCGGCCCACGGCUCAGUGUGGGCAAUGGAAGGGGUAAAAUAGACAAAUCACAAGUAUAUU